GACCCGGCUCCCCCGGGACUGACUUCUUUCCUCUCUUUGUGUUUCUCGAAACUCCUCCCCGCGGCGUCAGGUUUUCCUGAAGGAAGCUCUCGAGCAGAAGCUGGAGAAGGAUCGGGAAGAGGAGUUGAGGAAAGCUGCUGUAGUCAUCCGGGCCCACGUCUUGGGCUACAUGGCAAGGAAGAAGUACCGGAAGGUGCUAGCCAGUGUUGUUACAAUCCAAAAGAACUACCGAGCGUACUUCUGGAAGAAGAGCCUGCUGCGCCUGAAGGCCUCUGCCAUCGUCCUGCAGAAGCACUGGCGUGGCCACCUGGCUCGCAGCCUCUACCAACACCUGCGGCAGCAGGAGCUCCGGCGGCAGCAGGAAGCAGAGGAGAGGAGGAGGCGAGAGAAGGAAGAACAGAUCAGAAGAGAGGAAGAGGAAAGACAAUGGCAAGAAGAGGAGGCGCGUAGGAGGAAGCAGGAGGAGGAAGAGGUGAAGGAAAGAGAAAAGGAACAGCUGAAUUCUCUGCUCCAGGUGGCUCCGGUGGAAACAGUAAAGACCGAGGAAGUAGAUAUUCCACUGCAGGAGGAAGAGAGACGUCAGAUGGAGGAGAUCUUAAGGCUGGAGAAGGAGAUUGAGAAGUUGCAGCAACAGAAGGAGGAUCACAUGUCUAUCAUCUGUGAAAACACCAGGAAUGAAAUCAAUCGGCAGCGGGAGGAGGAGAUCCAGAGGCUGGAAAAGGAGGCAUCUAGGGUUGCCCAGGAGUUCUUAGAACUGCUAGAUUUUGGCAAUCUGGAUGAAAGUGUGCAGAACUUGGAGCGUUCCCUGUCUAGUGAGGGGACGCUCAACAUUGACUGCAGCCUUGUUGCACCGCUGGCUGAAGAAGAGGUGGAUGAGGGUUUUCAUGCUGAUGAUGAAGUACGGCCAACUUCCAAUUUGGUGGUUGUCACUCAGCAGGGCAUGAAGAACAGUGAUAACUGCCUGGAGGGAGAUGUGGGCGCAAGACUUUUGCAUCUCCAAAGGGAAAUGGGAGAGGCUGCCCCUGCUCCAGCACAACCCAUGGAAAGAACCAGUAGCCCCAGAGAGCGGAGUGUCCUCUCUGAUCCAGCAGAAAGCAGUUACAACACUGUCUCAGAUACGCUGAGAAGUAACAGUGGAGAGGUGGGAGAGCCAAUUUACAAUUCCCCUCAAGAUGUGGAAUCUGACUAUGACCAUGACGAGUUGGAUGGUUGUGGGGACGCAGGCAGUGCCUCAGCUGAGCCUCUGAAUGGUGAGGAAAGUCUGAGGCACUCCCAUGGCACCAGCCUGGACUCCAAUCGGGGCAGCCUGGACUCGGUAAGGAUCUCCUUCCAUUCAUUCUUCUGGACCUUAGCGUGUGACUUUGUUGAUAUUUAUAACAUCCUUGCUUGCUUACUGAUGCCUGCUUGCUGUAGAUAUACUUGCUAAUAUGUAACUCUCUUA